AUGUCCACCUUACAACCCCUUAUCGCUCACUAUCUCGCUGUGUCUUACCCUUCCGCCCUCCCGUCCUUCCUCCAUGCUACAGGUCUGGCCCCUCCGGAUCUCUCGAGGCCGCCCAACCCAGAUCUAAGGACGCUCGCGCAUGACUAUCUCUCGAGCCAGCUAGCCAAGUCUGUCCAGGCGGUCACGAUCGAUGACAAGGCGACAGAUGGGAGCUGGGACAGAUGGACGGGCAGGGACAUAUCUGGGCUUCAGCUCAAGCCAGAGGUGCGGCUGGAGAAGGUCAGGCGGAAUGUAGAAGGCAUCAGCGCGGCGAAUCUGCUCGCUGUGAUUGUCGCAAGGGUUCCGAAGAGACGAUUUGAUACGUCUACGGCAGCAUACAUAUGUAGCUCCACCCUCAGCGUACUGAUAGCUUCGGUGGACAAGACGGUGUCCAUCUUGGACUAUGAGACAGGAGAAGUCACUAACAUCCUUGAGCCCCAUAAGGCAGCAGUCCUGAGCAUGGCUCAACAUCCUGUGCGGCCGCGCUAUCUCAUCACUGGCUCCAUGGACGGAACGACCGUCCUUACCGACUUGAUCACCCAGCAACCCGUCCAGACUUUCCGGUCCACCAAAUUUGUCGUCCGUGUCGCUUUCAGCCCAUGCGGUCAGUGGCUAGCGACAGCUUCAUACGACAAGCAUGUCGUCAUCUAUCGUCUGACAUCCGAUGACCAGCCCGAGGAGGUCUUGGACGAUACGGACGACCCAUACCUCGCCUGCGAGCCCAGUGUCCGCUAUACCGAGUAUCGCCGGAUUAAAGUGGACCAUAAUCCCGAAGCCUUGCUCUUCCACCCAAAUUCUCAGUGGCUCAUGUACACCACCCGGUCGAGUCAUCAGCUAUACUACGUCCUCCUCGGAAGCGCUACCGAUUCCAUACGCACCAAGUCGUUCAAUCAUCACGCUUACGAUACGCACGUCAGCUUCUCGGUGCUCAACAUGGCGUUACACCCCAGCGGCAAAAUCAUUGCUUGCCAGACGGGGGAUCAUGCGGGGAAUGCGGGCGAGCGGAUAUUACUAUACGGCGUAGACGCCGAAGAUACCGAGCGACUAGGAUGUAUAUGGACCGGAUCAGAUACAGAUGACUAUGUCCUUCCGAGAAUGAGCUGGUUGCCUGACGGAACGGGCCUAAUAACGACCUCGCCGAACGGCUUGCUCCAUCUCUUAUCCAUAUCAGGCGAGAUCCGGACGAGUCUGCGGGUACAUGGGCUGCCAGAGGAGGCGGCGGGCGCGGCGACAAGUGGGAUCAUCAGGGACUGCGCAGUGGUGAACCUCGGGGACACCGAGUGGGAGGUGGUUAGUGUGGGCUACGACAGGGUUGUCAGGAUAUCGCGAUAG